AUGUGGAGUGUAUCUACCGUCCUCCGCCACCUCCUCGUCGCAAAAGGGACCGAGAAACCAAUGGGAGUAUAUCUCAAGAACGGGGAAAGCAUCUUAGACGCAGCACUGGAUUUGAUGGACAUCCUUCAACCCCUCAGCAUCGCAAUACUAGGGGAGAGCAACGGCCUGAAGGAGGGAAAACUCCCAAAUGCAGCAGACGUAUUAGGCGAUGGAUCGGAUAAUAGUACCGAUAACAUUGCUCACGAUGUGAGCGACGAUUAUGCGAUACUCUCGACAUCUGCAACCAGAGACGUUCUUACGGAUCUCCACCCAAGCCCCCUGAAUAUCUUCAAGUUGUGGCAGGCGUUUCUCGAGAAUGUGAACCCACUCACCAAAAUUAUACAUGCUCCAACUGUGCAACAACAGAUUUUGGACGCCAUGAGUGAUCUGGGAAAAGUGAGCCGGGAGAUCGAAGCAUUGAUGUUCGCGAUAUACUGCAUAGCAUUGGUUUCCUUGCAAGCAGAAGAUGUCGAAAAAUCUUUCGGAGAAAGCAAGAAAGCCCUCCUAUCAAAGUGCAGACGAGGAGCCCAACUCGCUUUCAAGAAUGCAUCGCUUCUUCGCACAUCAAGCUCAGUGGUUCUCCAGGCGUUUAUGCUCUACCUACUCUGCAUGCGUUCGUUCUCUGAUCCACAUACUAUCUGGACAUUAUGUGGUAUUGCAGUAAGAAUCGCUCAACGAAUUGGGAUUCACCGCGACGGGUCUGCAUAUGGACUUUCGGUAUUCGAAACUGAGAUGCGCCGUCGCAUCUGGUUCCAACUCGUGAUCAUAGAUGCCACAUCUGCACAGUUCUGCGGUGUAGCAUCAACGCCGCUACCAGCCACAAUUGAUGUCCAACCACCAAUGAAUGCAAAUGAUAGCGAUCUUGAUCCUCGCAUGACCGAGCCAGCCUGUGAGAAGCCAGGGCCGACAGAAAUGAUGUUUGUUCUGGCUCGGAGUGCAUUUGGAAAAUGGCUCCUUCGGUUGUCAAACCAGGUUGAGAGUUCUAAUAAUGGGCCAUGGGCCUUCUUGUCAUCGUCAUCAAUGUCCUUGAAGGACAAGGACAAGACUAUUGAUGAACUUGAAGCACACAUGGAAGAUAAAUUCCUCCGGCACUGCGAUAAAUCCCUCCCGCUACACAUGGCAACGGCAAUGAUGGCGCGCUCGGCUAUAUACUAUACACGGCUAAUGGCACACCAUCCUCGUCAAUACCAGGAUCCCAACACUCGCAUCCCCCAACCAGAGAAAGACGUCAUCUUUGAGAAUUCCCUCAAGAUGACAGAAUAUGCUGACUACGCACAAAACAAUCCAAUUGUACGGAAAUACUCAUGGCACAUGGUGAAUCAUAUGCCGUGGGAUGCCAUAAUAUUCAUGCUCUCGGAAAUGCGGCACCGGACUGAUUCUGAAGAGAAGAGCAAAGUCUGGCAACUGAUUGGAAAUGUGUACUCUGGACAUAUCAAGUCGAUGAACAAGAACGGCCCAACGCCUCUUCACAUGGCUAUUCAAAAUUUAAUUGUCAAGGCCUGGAAGACGUACAUUGAAGAGUGUAAUCUCAAUGACCGCACACCAACGCCUUGUCCAACCAUCGUUGCAUCUUUGCUAGCCAAUGCGGAGGGAAUUUCCAGCCCGCAACACGAAGAUGAAAACUUCACAACCGGCGAGCGUGUAACUAGGCUACAAGAUCAACCGAGACACGACCGUUCUAGUUCACAACUUGGACUGGAGGCCGAGAACUUUGGUUUCCUGCUUGGUGAUAGCCCGCAGGAUUGGAAUGAAUGGGACAAUCUUCUCAGUAACUUCCAAGGAUCUUUUACAGAUGAUGCAACAUAUCUGUCGUGA